UAUUACCAACUUCGAGAUGUACGACAGAAACCAUGAUGGUGUGAUCAAUUUGACGGAAUUCUUACCGGUCGCUAGACUUUACUUCACCGAGGAUAAAGCAAAAGCCUAUUUGAAGAAAUUUUCCGAUUCCGACUAUACUUUCGAAAAUUUUCAAUCUGAACUCGUCGCUCAACUUUACCCCUACGGGCAAAAUCCAGCCCUAUUGAAGAAAAAUUCUUAUACCGGCGACAAUUGUUCAAUGAGUGCUGCUAUGUACUUGAAGAUGAUUUAUUAUUUACGUUUUGAAAAUAAGGAUCGUAACAAACGAUUUUCAAUGAUAAGAAAGCUGGUAAGGCCACUGAAAUUUUGGUGACGAAAAGAAUCUAGCAAUACUACCACAUAGCAC